AUGAUGCUGUUCAUCUUGCUACCGCAAGAGGUCAUUUUACAGGUGUUCCAGUGUCUAGAGCCAGCAGAAUCCCGAUCCUUAAUCGAUCUGCUCAAAACCGACCUCCCAAACUCCAACGCUCAGAGAGCUAUCAAUCUUCUAUAUGCUAGGCUCUACCUGGGCCAUACUGUUCUUGGGGCUGGAGGAAAGGCCCUGAGAUACUAUAAUGUCAGUAUCACACCCAGCCAGGUGUUGGAAUUAGCAAAAGAUUCGAACUUUCUAGCCAACGUUCCCAAAGAGCUCGAGAUGACCUUCGUUCGACAUGUUCGAGAUUACAUCAACUUCCAGCAGAACUUGGCAGAUCUACGGGAGAUCCUCAAGUCCGAAUGGGCUCCGAAGUACCUUUCAAAGGUUCAACUGCUCUCUUUGAAUAUCAACGGCCGUAGCAUCACCACAGAAAACCCAACCCUGAUGCCUGCACUGGUCUUGAGUACACUCAUCGAGCUCACCAGACAUUCCUCGGCCAAUUUUCGAUCGAUCAGGUUGAAAUCUGCAGAUAUUGGCGAUCUUCUUCCUCAUAAGUGGGGCAAAGUACUUGGAGGGUUCGUGCUGGUUCAAGAACUCUCACUUGAAGACAAUAAGUUGAGGCUGGAGCUUGCGGUGGGCCACGAGCCUUUGUUGGAGCGGUAUUUUGAGUGGCCGCCCCAGCUUCGGGUACUUUCUCUAUCCAGGAAUUAUCUCCAGCAUUUCAGGGUCGGAGCCUUCAAUAAAUUGCCGCAGACCUUGGAGGUUCUUGAUCUCUCACAGAAUCUACUAGAAUGCAUUGGACUUCCAUAUGACCAGACAUUCACGCUUGUUGACAAGCUUCCGAAGUUGAGGAUAUUGAAUUUAUCACUAAACAGCCAUUUGGUGUUGGUGGAUCCUAAUUUAUUCGUGGGAGCAAGUAAGCUUGAAGUAUCCAUCGAGGGGUGUAAUGUUUGUGAUGGACAUUUGGAGACAUUAAUUCAAAGUGCCAACAGAAAUGGGGUGAGGUUAGUGACAGACUUGGCAUGA